CAGAUUCGUUCUGGAGCGGCGUAAACCGAACUUUGCUGAGCGCUGCCAAGCCUCCACCACCGAGCCCCAGCGGAAUCCAUCUGAUGUACGCGCUUUACGGCAGUUGCCAUCGCUUCAUGACCACGAGGAAGCCGGUGCCAGACCGGGUGCGUUCGGUCUUCGAGAAGACCAACGCGGCCCGCUGGGUUACGGGAGCGAGCUACGCAGAACUCGUCAGGCAGAUGAUCCACCUCGCAUUGAACCUCGGCAUUAUCACUGUCUUCGAGCUCAAGUUCACCAAGGUUGGCGACUCUGAUCUCUUGCACAUUAGCAAGGGAAGCUCCCUGCGCUACAAGGCGACGCCCGUGACCAACGAGCGAAUCUACCACGACUACAUCAAGGAGGUGCUCCAGGUGAUCGGCUACAAGUCACACCUGGAGGGUAGCUUCAGCUACGUGGACACCAUUGACCGCAGCGUGGAGGCCAACUUCGCGAAGCAGUCACGCACCAAGUCAGCAAAUUUCACCGAGCUAGGCACGCUGGACAGCAGGGCGUCCGCGCACGUGUGGCUAGAACGCAUCAACCGUGACGUGGCUCAGCGUCACUGGCAAAAGGAGGACUCCGAGAUACUCGUCACAGGCUUCAAACAGAUCAAGACCGUCAUGGGCAUCGUGAUGGGCGGUGGCCUUCGCAACGCGACCGCCUACAUCACCGUGCAGGUGGUGAUGGAGGUGCUGCGCUACGACUUCUUCCGGCGCUACGAGCAGCAGCACGCCCGCGACGUGGUCAUCAUGUGCCUGAACACGACGCGCCAGUUCCUCUUCUACACGUGGCCUGCCCUGGUGGCCAACCUGACCAUCAACAGCAGCGCCGUCGAGGCGAGCCGAAAGCUGUUCGACGACAUCCUAGAGGGCGUCGUCGACCACAUGAACCGCGUCCACUGGCUGGAGCUGCCCUCGCGUCUGGAAGCCACCAGAAAGGUGAGAAAUGUGCGCCUGAUCACAAUCAACCCGAACAUCUCGGACGUGUCGGUGAGCGUGAGCCGCCAGGUGAACUACUCCAAGCUGAGCAGGCCGCCCGCAGACUUCGUCAACGGCUACAUCGAGGCCGCCCAACUGGACACGCUACUGCGCAGGGAGGUUGGCAACGAAGAGUACGGCUUGUACGGAAAACUCCAGCUGGAGGGCGACGUGGCUUACCUGAAGCUGUGGAGCCUUCGAAGUGGUGCCGAGCUGUUCCUGCCAACGUUGCUGUCGAAGCCGCCGCUGUUCUAUCCGGAAGCCGGCGAUCCUUUCAAUUACGGCACCCUGGGCGUGCUCAUAGCUAUGGCUCUGAGCAGCGCCGUGGGCCACAUGGGGGCGCGUCUGUCGGCGUCGGGUAUUGAGGACCUCUGGUGGACGGACCAGACGCUGCACAACUACGACGAGGUGAUUCGCUGCUACGAGGAGCAGUACCGGCGACUGAGCAACUCGACGGCCUCCUUCUUGGACGAGCAGAGGGACCAGGUGUUCCUCUGGACUCGAGCGGCGCGCAUCGCGUUCGACAGGUACCGACUCAAGUACAAGGCGCGGAUUACGCGCGGCCGCGAGCGAGUGCAGCACGACCGCGUGUUCUUCAUGCGCCUCUGCCUGCUCACGUGCACCAGCCGCGAGGAAGUGGGCGACCUGUGGCCCCGCUUUCGAUGCCACAUGCCGCUGCUCAACAUGCGCGAGUUCUCCGAGGCCUUCUCUUGCCGCACGAUCGACUUGCUGGGCGCCGAAAAGAAGUGCCCCCCACUCUGA